AGCUACCCAACCUCUCCUCUUCGUUCUCUACUGCCGGAAGAAAGGAAAAGGCUUACUACCGAAGAAAGGAAAAAAAAGGAAUAUUUGGGAAUAUGGAAUUUCAUCCGCAAAUAGUUUCUCAGGAAGAAAGGGUAGGGCGUGCUACCGAGCAUCGUGUUCGUAUGAUUUAUAUAGAGUUUGAAUUACUUCCGAAGAUUGAAUCAUAUCACAAUCAAAGGAAAGAAGAACAGAGUACCGUUCAGAUUUCAUGUUCUCAGAACUGGAGUAAAUCCUUCCGUGAUUGGUCAAAAUUACCUGAAGAUAUGUGGGUUGAAAUCCUGUGUAGAAUAUCACAAAAGCAAGUUUCAAGAUACAAAGCAGUUUGCAUGACAUGGAAUCGCUUGAUUACCAAUGUUUGCAUUCCAAGACUGUACCUUUCUUCUGAUAUUUAUGGGUUUCUUUAUAAUUCUAAGUCUGAACCGUCAUUGAGCUUCAGAUACAAUCGACCACCAAGUAUACCAGAAUUAAGACCUGAUGACACAUGCUAUCAACUUAUACCAUCUUUUCCUCACAUACCGUAUUUUCUUAGUUUUUGCAAUGGUAUGCUUUUGUUUAAUGAUAGUCGUAUCCUGCAGUUCUUUGUUUGCAAUCCGGCAGUCAAUCAGUGUGUGACAAUACCUCCUUGUCCUGAUGGUUGUCAAAACAUGCAAUAUAGUUCACUGGCUUUUGACCCUAUCAGGUCUAUCCACUUUAAGUUAGUUUGCUUUCAUUGUGAAGGGUCUCCUAUCACAUUUUAUGUCUUCUCAUCAGACAGUGGUAGAUGGGAUAUACAUGAAGUUACUUUUGAACACCCCGCAGCCAUGCAUAGAUGGUAUGAACACGCUGUGUACUCGAAUGGCGUGCUAUGCUAUUUAUCUGAAUCAAAGCAUCUCGUAUGUCUUGGCAUUGACCACAUGAAUGCCAGUGCCAUUGACCUCCCGAGAAAGGACGCAAUGGAACUUUUGGGAUUUAUUGGAGAGUCGAGAGGACAUCUCUAUUAUUCUAAUCAUGACCACAAUAAUAUCCUUUUCUGGAUGCUUGAGGGUUGUUCUGAGACUGCAAGGUGGAUUUGUAUGCUAACAAUAUGCAUACAGGACGUGGUUGCUAACCCAAAGAUUGGUAACAUGUUGAAGCAUCAAGGAAUAUCAACUUUCAUGCCUUACGCUCUACACCCGGAAGCCAAUAUCAUUUUUAUAGGGACGCAUAAGAAUAUCAUUGCUUAUGAUUUUAGUGCUUGUGAACUGAGAGGUCUUUGGAAAAUAAAGGAAUUUAAGUCGCGUGCACUUGAUCAGCGUACUUUAUGGCUUUACAGACAAUGUUUUGUGAAUUUGAAAGGUUUGACAAGACAUCAUGAGCCAUAUUAUUUCUAAGCAACACAAAUAUGCUUUCUAAGUUGAAGAUGGAAGGAACUUGUUGCAAGCCUAAUAAUCUCCCUUUGCUUCUAAUGCAUCAAGAAUCGUUUUUGGAAAGGGAUGUUCUGAAGGGUUCUCGUCCAGCAUUGACAUCAAUAAUGACCAGAGAUUUUUUGACCAGCCCUUGUGUCCUCUGUAUUUCUCUAUAUCUUUCAGAUUUUUCACUUGAUUUCAUCACCGAAGGAAAGGAAUUCAUCAAGGACUCUGCCAUUGAAGGAAAGUCAAGACUCCAGAACUAGAUGCCUAAAAUUUGAACGAUUACAUGAUGACAACCAGAGAUCUAAACUAAUAAGUGAUGACGGCGACUGAGGGUGGAGAUGACUCUGGGUUUCAAACAUCGUCGGGAUAGAGUAUUGGUAUUUGUAUUAUACAAGAAGCAUCUCAAGUUGAAACUAUGCUACGAAGGAGGAAUAUGAUGGCCUCAUUUGUUUCACCACUCAGAAGAAGAAUGUGGUAAACUUUGAUUCGUGGAAACAAUACACAAGGCUCGGAGCCAUAUCACAUUUGGUAUUGCUUCUCAUUCUCUGUUUGAUCUUAUGUAAACUGUUAGCCCUUUCUAUUUAUAUCUUUCAUUGCCUAAGUGAGAUUAAGGUAUGAAGUGAAAGCGUGAACAGAAAAAUUAUUUUUGAAGGAAUGUCUAAUUUGUUGAAUGAAUAUAGCUAAUAGCAUAGG